AUGCAAGCCAGUCGCUUUGCCGUCAUCGACUCGAUCGGAUACCAUCACGAAGAUGGAUUCGGUCACGGAUUUUCUACUAUGUAUAUACGUGGUGAAUUGGGGCAAUUCAACAAUAUUCUAAGAAAACACUUAUCAAACAAACGGUUGGAAAAAUUAUCACAAAUGGGAUUUGAUCGAAUUAUUGAUCUGCAGUUUGGUGUUGGAGAAGCAGCAUACCAUGUUAUACUAGAAUUAUAUGAUAAAGGCAAUAUUAUUUUAGCAGAUAAAGAUUAUAUUAUGAUUAAUAUUUUACGUCCACACACUGAGGAUGAAAAACAGAAAUUUUUCGUUAAGGAGGUGUACCCAAAUAGCAGACCGAAAAAUCGACUUAAUCCACCUACGGAAGACUAUUUAAUUCAAAUUCUGAAAACAGCUAAACCUUCAACAAACUUAAAGAAAUUUAUUUUUUCAAAUUUUCCAAAUUGUUUAGAUUAUGGAAAUUGUUUAUUAGAACAUAUGUUAAUAAGUGGCGGUUUUCCAAUAAAUACAAGAAUUGGUAUAGAAUUCAAUAUUGAUACAGAUAUUCAAAAGCUCAUGAAUUGCUUUGAUAUUGCUGAAAAGUUCUUAGACAAUAUUACUACAUUAAAAGAAGAAAAAGGAGCAGUCAAAAAGCUACAAAAUAUUGUUAAAGAUCAUGAAGAACGACUUAAAAAACUUCAAGAUUCCCAAGAUGAGCACAGAUUAAAAGCUGAAUUAAUUACUAAUAAUUUGGAUCUUGUUGACAACACUAUACAGUUUGUUAGGCAAGCAGUAGCUAAACAACUGCAUUGGGAUGAAAUUUGGGAUAUGAUAAGACAAUUAAAUUUUGAAGAUGAUGGAUGUACAUAUGCUAUAGUUAAGAAUUUGAAAUUGAGUGUGAAUCACAUUACACUUCAACUGUUUGAUCCUUAUAACGAAGAAAACCAAAAUGAAGAAAACAGUCAAUUAAUUGAUAUAGAUUUAAGUCAGUCAGCUUUUGGAAAUGCUCAAAGAUACUAUGGAUCUAAAAAACAAUCAGCUAUCAAAGAGAAAAAAACCAUUGACUCCUCAAAUACAGUUUUAAAAAUGGCUGAAAAAAAAACUAAACAAACUUUGAAAGAUAUGCAAGUUGUAGCUUCUAUAAAUAAAGUUCGCAAAACAUAUUGGUUCGAAAAGUUUUAUUGGUUUAUAUCUUCUGAAAAUUAUUUGGUUAUUGCUGGGCGUGACGCUCAUCAAAAUGAAGUUAUUGUUAAACGGUAUAUGAAGCCAUCAGAUAUUUAUGUGCAUGCUGGAUUUAGUGGCGCAACCACUGUUAUAAUUAAAAAUCCAACAAAUCAACCUGUCCCUCCUGCUACACUCAAUGAAGCAGCUGUUAUGGCAAUUUCAUACAGUGUUUCGUGGACAAUGAAAAUUAAUUUACAAAAUGCAUUUUGGGUGAAACCUGAACAAGUGUCUAAAACUGCACCUACUGGAGAAUAUUUGACUACUGGUAGCUUUAUGAUACGUGGUAAAAAAAACUAUUUACCAGCAACUCAUCUUAUAUUAGGUUUAAGCUUUCUGUUUAAACUAGAAGAUAGUUCAAUAUUUAGACAUGCAAAUGAACGUAAAGUUAAGGGUAUUGAAUAUGAAGGCUUAGAAAACAUUGAACAAAGUAAUGAUGAAUUUGAAAAUAUACCAAGUGAAAAUGAUAGCGAUGAAGAUCUGGAGAAAAAUAUUGAAUUGCCAAACAAAGAAACUCUUUAUACAGUCAAUGAUGAUGGUGAAGGACUAAAAAUUGAAACAAAUAAUAAGCAUUCAAAAGAUGAAGAAGAAGAAGAAGAAGAAGAAGAUGUUGAUGAAGAAAAAGUACAAGAAGAAGAAAAAUUAGAAAUUAAUAAUGAAACAUUAAAAAAUGUUACAGAUGUAAUAAGUAUUCCAAAUUGUAAAGAUACAUGUAAAUUUGUCAAACAAUCUGAUGCUGUAUCUUCAGAUAGUGAUGAUGGUGAUAUCGAACUGGAUGAUGUCAAUGAUUCAAAUAAAAAAAAUGAAUCUAGUAAACCUCAAAUCCUGAAACGAGGCCAACGUGGAAAAUUAAAAAGAAUCAAAGAAAAGUAUAAAGAUCAAGAUGAAGAUGAAAGAGAAAUGAGAAUUAAAUUACUACAUUCAUCAAUGAACGAAGACAAAAAACUGAAACGAGCAAAAAAGAAAGACAAAAAGAAUAAAAAGUCUACUGAGAAGAAUAAGGCUACUGGAAAUAAACAAAUAUUCAUUAAACCUUUGCCUAUGCUUCUUGAAGCUCCAAAUGAUACAAUUCAAUUUGAAGUCCAAAAGGAACCAAUAAAAAAAUCUGAGGAUAAUGAAAACUCAGAAGAUGAUGAAACAGAUAAACCAACAGAUCUGACUGAAACCCAAAUGUUAGAUUCAUUAACUGGUAUACCAUACCCUGAAGAUGAAUUACUUUUUGCUGUUCCAGUAGUAGCACCAUAUACUGCUCUCACAAAUUAUAAAUACAAGUUAAAAUUAACACCUGGAAACACAAAAAGAGGUAAAGCAUCAAAGACRUGUUUGAAUUUAUUUUUAAAAGACAAAACAUCAACAACCAGAGAAAAAAACUUGAUGAAGARUGUCAAUGUACAGGAUAUUGCUAGAAACAUACCGAAUGGUGUUAAACUGUCUGCUCCAUCACUCAGUAAAGUGCUCAAUAAAUAGGCAAAUAACUAGCAUUGUGUAUAUUUAAUUAUUUCAAAGUCRAAACUAAAACUAUUACCUCUAUAUUAGUAUACCAACUAUUAUAUCCGACUUAUAUCUGAAGUUAAUACAUUAAUAUUAGGGUUUGUUGUUAACUUUGAAAUAUUUUAUUGCAUAAUAAAUCAUACUUAUUUCUAUA